AUAAAAAAUAGCAAAGUCAGCAAAUAUUUUGGCCAGGCUGUACAGAUAAUACUAAAAUAUUAUUUUUAAUUACAGUGUGUUGACCUGCUUCAUGUAAUAAGUGUUUGUGGCAAUAAAUGAAUAAAUACAGUAAGGUUGUGCUGUGAUAAGGUUGUAAUAUUUGUACCCUGGUGGUGUCACUAUAACAUCAGAGGACAGAAGGGAUGAUGUUCCUCCCACAUCCUUUGUUUGGUGCAUCAUUUGUAGAAGGCAAGUGAACCAGGAGGGCCGUGCGUGUUUUACGCAAAUAAUUACAGCAUUUGGAACGAGGAGGGAUAUAAUUCAUUGGAGGAGCAAUAUUGGAUUUUUAAAAUUUUGUUUUUGAACGAUGGAGAGCGGAAAAUGCUGCCGCUGGUUGUUUUUUGUUUUGUGUCUGCUUUUGUAUUUGGGAGGAAGAACCUCGGCUGAAUUGCGCUACUCGAUUCCAGAGGAGGUGAACGAAGGAACUGUGGUCGGGAAUGUGGCCAAGGAUCUAGGUCUGGACAAAUCCUCUCUGGUGGACCGACAGUUCCGUGUGGUGUCUGGAUCGAAGGAGGCGUUCUUUCACGUCAGGCCGGAAAGUGGUGCGUUAGAGGUCCGUAGGAAAAUCGACAGAGAGGCGCUUUGUGGGGGCAGCGGAGCUUGCGUCAUGGAGCUGAAGAUUCUCGUUGAAAAUCCGCUAGAAAUGCAUCACGUCGUUGUGGAAAUUACUGAUGUGAACGACCACUCCCCGAGAUUUUCUGAUAAAGAGCAAGUUAUUGAAAUAGCUGAGCAUUCAUCACCCGGACGCCGAUUCGAGCUGCACGCUGCAAGUGAUCCAGAUGCUGGAAUUAACUCAGUGCGCACAUAUACAUUGACGUCUAAUGAGCACUUUGAUUUAGAUAUAAGUCAAACUGAUGAAGAGAAAAUACCAUUUUUAGUGUUGAAAAAGGCUUUAGACAGAGAACAAAAUCAAAAUCACUCAUUAAUUGUUGCUGCAGUUGAUGGAGGGAAACCACAAAGAUCAGGAAUACUUAAUGUAACAAUUAUUGUUCUUGAUAUUAAUGAUAACUUACCACUUUUUAGUCAAGAUACUUACAGUAUUGAAAUAAAAGAAAGUACUCCAGUUGGAACAAGUAUUGUACAAGUUAAUGCAACAGAUCCAGAUGAAGGGGUUAAUGGAGAAAUACAAUACAGCCUUGGAAAAAUUGUAAAUAAAGCUUAUGAUGUAUUUGAACUAGACAAGUUAAGUGGACUCAUAAAGCUGAAAGGAGCUUUGGAUUUUGAGGAUUCAGAGAUUUAUAAACUUGAGAUACAUGCAUCUGAUAAAGGACAACCUCCUUUAACAGGCAGGAGUCGAGUCAUAAUUAAAAUUAAAGACAUUAAUGAUAAUCCUCCAGAAAUAGAAGUGACAUCACUGUCCAAUAAAGUGUCGGAAGACUCCAAACCUGGAACAGUUAUUUCCCUCAUUAGUGUUACGGAUAAAGAUUCCGGAGUAAAUGGCAAAAUUAUUUCACAGAUCACCAAUAAUGUCCCUUUUGAGUUAAAACCUUCAUACAAGGAGAACAUUUACUCGGUUGUCACUAAAGACUAUUUAGAUAGAGAGCAGGUGUCGGACUAUAAAAUAACAAUAACAUCAACAGACUGUGGUGAACCUCCAAUGUCGACUUCUAAAACUUUAGAUAUUCAGGUAUCAGAUGUGAAUGAUAACAGACCACAUUUCCACCAGUAUCCACUCUAUUUUUACCUGUCAGAAAAUAAUGUCGCUGGACAUUCAGUAUUCUCAGUUACUGCUACUGACAGUGAUGUGGAUGAAAAUGCAGUUAUUUCUUACCAUAUCAUGAGAGCAGUGAAAGAAAAAGAUGUGACAACCUUUUUGAAUAUUAAUUCAGACAAUGGACAAAUAUCAGCACUAAAAAGUUUUGACUUUGAGACGCUGAAAAGUUUCCAGUUCCAAGUCGUGGCCACAGACGGUGGAAGUCCUCCACUGAGCAGCAACGUGACAGUGAACGUGUUCAUUCUGGAUCAGAACGACAACGCUCCAGUCAUCCUGUAUCCAGUCAGCUCCAACGGUUCUGCUGAAGGUGUGGAGGAGAUUCCCCGCAAUAUGAAAGCAGGAGACUUGGUGACUAAAGUCAGAGCCUAUGAUGCUGAUAUAGGAUAUAACGGCUGGUUACUGUUUUCACUGCAGCAAGUCACUGACCACAGUCUCUUUACUUUGGACCGCUAUACGGGCCAGAUCAGAACACUUCGCUCAUUCACAGAGACGGACGAGGCUGAGCAUGGACUGCUCAUACUGGUCAAAGACAAUGGCAACGUUUCCCUGUCAGCAACAGCUACUGUGACUGUCAAACUUGUGGAGCCCAAAGAGGCUUUUGCAGCUUCUGAUGUCAAACGUGCAGCAGCAAAAGUGGGCGAGGAGGACGACAAUGUGACUUUUUACCUCAUCGUCACUUUGGGCUCGGUCUCGCUGCUUUUUGUCAUCAGCAUCAUCGUGCUGAUCGCCAUGCAGUGCUCCAAAUCCACAGAGUACACUUCCAAAUAUCUCCAAGACGCUAAUUAUGAUGGGACACUGUGUCACAGCAUCCAGUACAGAUCAGGAGACAAACGCUACAUGCUAGUUGGACCCAGAAUGAGUAUAGGUUCUACUAUAGUCCCGGGCAGCCACGCCAACACUCUGGUGCUCCCUGACAGGAGACACACUUCUUCUGGGGAGGUGAGCUAA